AUGUUUUACCAUGCCUAUGACAGUUAUCUGAUAUACGCCUCGGGUUUCGAUGAGUUGCAGCCAAUCAGCUGCACUGGCAUGAACACUUGGGGCACCUUUUCACUAUCACUUAUUGACGCCCUGGACACGCUGGCCAUCAUGGGCAACUACACCGAGUUCCGACGAGUGGCCCAGCACAUCAUCGACAACGCCAACUUUGAAGCAAAUACCAACGUGUCAGUUUUCGAGACAAACAUUCGAGUUGUGGGCGGCCUUCUGUCUGCUCAUCUACUUUCUGUUCAGGCUGGAAUGACGGUGGAUGAAGGCUGGCCAUGUUCAGGCCCCCUGCUCCAGUUGGCUGACAAUGUUGCCCGGAAGUUAUUGCCAGCUUUUGACACUGCCACCGGAAUGCCUUAUGGAACUGUCAACUUUCUCAAUGGAGUGCCUGAAAAUGAAACACCUGUUACGUGCACUGCCGGCGUAGGGACAUUCCUGUUGGAGUUUGCCACACUAAGCCGCCUAACGGGAGAUCCGAUCUUUGAGGAGAAAGCGAUUGCAGCGAUUGAAGGGCUGCAAAAGCAUCGCUCCAAAAUUGGACUUCUCGGCAAUCACAUCAAUGUGCAAGAUGGCAAGUGGAUCGCUACUGAAGCAGGCAUUGGUGCCGGAGUUGAUUCGUACUUUGAGUACUUGGUCAAAGGAAGUUUACUGCUGCAGAUGCCCAGCUUGAUGGAAGUCUUUUAUUGUAAGCUAUUUGACGAUUACGAGCUCAUUAAGAAUCAUAUAAAGAAGAACGAUUGGUACGUUUGGGUGAGCAUGAACACCGGCGCCGCUACAAUGCCCAUCUUUCAGUCACUGGAAGCUUUCUUUCCUGGUCUUCUGUCAUUGGUUGGUGACAUGGACCAGGCGAAAAAGUCCCUCUACAACUACCACCAAGUGUGGAAGCAAUACGGCUUUGUUCCGGAGUUUUACGAUAUUGUCAAUAACAAGCCGCACAAGCGCGAUGGUUACCCUCUUCGGCCAGAGUUCAUUGAAUCGGUUCUUUACCUUUACCAAGCUACCAAAGACCCGCACUUAUUGAGCAUUGGCGCCGAUGUUGCCGACUCGAUUCUCCACUCGGCUCGCACAGAGUGCGGCUAUGCGACAAUCAAAAGUGUUCUGGACCACACAAUAGAAGAUCGUAUGGAAUCGUUCUUUCUUUCAGAGACGCUCAAAUACCUGUAUCUCCUUUUUGAUGAAAACAACUUUAUGCACAACAAAGGCCGCCAAGGGACUAUUUGGAAGCGAAAAGACGAACUGGGAAAUGAGGAGAGCUGCAUCGUCGGAACUGGUGGCUAUGUCUUCAACACUGAAGCGCAUCCCAUAGAUAUCGCAGCUUUGUCAUGUUGUUCUUCGAAGAAAGACGAAAGAGAUCGAUUGAAAGCAUUUGAAGGUGAAAUCAAUUUAAUUGAUAGCAUUCUUCCUCUGAAAAAGCUGGCCAACUGUGAUUUAGACAUUCUCAUGAAGCAGCCACUUUUUGUGGACGAACAAAAGGAGCCAUCAAACAUUACCGACUCAGCGACAUUAAGUAGCGUGCAUUCCACCUUUGAAGAUACGAUGGCGAGUUCCUCUGUUAGCUCAAUAACAGAGAAACACACUGCUCUAAGCGAUACGUUAAAUCGACCAUCAGCUGAUCACAAUGCUCAAAGUGACACUUUUUCUACUGAGCAGCUUCAUCCCAGCUUCACUUCAAUGGAAGUCCUGUCACUGACCAAUUCUACUACUGUCCAUUCUUCAAAUAUGACCGAUCAAGUAACUCUUGAUUUGGUCAGUCUCAAACCCACUUCGGUGAAGUCAACUGCCCCUUCCGCUGUUCAGGAAACUUCCAUUGUUGCCGAUGGCUUUGAGUUGCCUACCUUCGAUGCAAUUUAUUCCAAUAACUCCAGUGCUUUCGACCUGACGCAAUACUACAGUGAGCUAAAACAACUUGCAGACAAGUUGGAACAUCAAAAUGAUGAUGAGGAGGAGGAGUUUGGCUUUCUAGCUAAAAACUCUGAAGAAAGAAAUUAUGAACUUCUUUUUUGCCCUUCACAGCCAUUCCUUGCACGUCUCUCACUACAGGGGCAAAUGUUUGAGCUCACUACUUAG